UAGUACAGCUUUCGUACUUUGCAGUGUGUUAUCCUUUCUCUCUCUCGAAUAAGUUAAUUAAUUUGUCGUAAGUGAGUGUCGAGGACCAGUCGUUGUAUUAUUAUGUAUAUAUAACAUUUUCAUAUUCAGAUGAAGGUGAUCCAGCACUCUGCGAAGACUCUGCAAACAGCUUUAGUCUGCAGUCGUAAGGACUUAGCUAAACUUUACGGCAAGUACACAAAAGAAGAGAGGCGACUUCUGGAGGAAGGCUUCCACCCAGGGCAGCCGGGUUCCCUUUUCCAGUACAUCACAGUGCACUCUGACUCAGACUGGAUCUCCGCUCACCCUGAGAAGCCUCAAGACUUCAAGAAAUUCUAUGAUGACCCUUCCCGCGAGACCCCCAAUGCCAGCCGCAAUACUAUUUAUAUUCAAACCAUAGGUUCGUUUAGCGAGGCAGGGAUCCGGACAGACCAGUAUGUGGAGUGGCUCAGGGACUACUGCCAGGCAUUUUUCUACGGCCUUUCCGUGAAGUUGCUGCCAGCAGUUACUGUGGCUGAAACAGGAUGCUCUUUCAGGGUUAACACUAGCUCGCUCAACCUUCAAAUCCUCACUAGUGACCUGCUACAAUUCCUGUUGGAAAAGAAACCAGAUGAUGCUUUUUGUAUUGUUGGAAUCACGAUGAUUGACCUCUACCCCGAGGACACCUGGAACUUUGUCUUUGGACAGGCUUCUCUCGGGAUGGGAAUGGGUGUUUUCAGCUUUGCCCGGUAUGAUGACAACUUCUACAGCAGAACUUAUGCUGGGAAGCUGAAGAACAUGCUGCAGCCAAAGCAGGGAGACUAUUCUGUGUUUGACGGAUAUUACACUCCCCCCAUCAGCAGCACCCUGCUGCUUCGAUCCUGCAAGACAAUGACCCAUGAGAUCGGCCAUAUGUUUGGAAUCAGGCAUUGCCAGUGGUUGAGCUGCGUCAUGCAGGGCUCCAACCACCUGGAGGAGUCUGAUCGUAGGCCGCUGGAUUUCUGUCCCAUCUGCCUUCGCAAGCUACAGGUCGCCAUUGGCUUCAAAAUAGCUAAAAGAUACGAGGCCUUACUGCACUGGAUGGAGGAGGAUCAGAGUGAAUCAUCCAGACCAGAGGAGACCUCUGCCUGUCAGUCUGCACUCCACUUUCACAAACCCACUGAAGCCUUUCAGACAUCCAGACUGUGGCUCCACAGCUGCCUGGACAUACUAGGUGAAAAAAGGUGAACUAUGGUACUUAAAUUGGGACAUAAGUGCAAUACCUGUUCAUGGACGCCAUGCAAACCAUUCUGUGCUUUACAUUUCUACUGUUUGGUCCUAAUUUAGUCUAUGACAGGGCACACUUGGGACUCUUUUGGGUAUGUAUUGAAUUGUAUUGAUUUAAAAAUGGCACUUUGAGUUGGGUUCAGGUAAAAAUGUUUUAUAAAUCUAAAUGAAAGAUGCAAUAUGUACAUUAAAAAUGUUUAUGUGAAAGUGUAUCAAAGCAUUAUUUGCAGUAAGUUUUGUGAAUAACAGAAGAGCAGUGGAAUAAAUUGAACAUUUAAACAUAAUUGCGUGAUUCAAACCACAGUUGAUUUAUUGUGAUUGAACACACAAAAUGCAUAAUUUCAUUACAAAAAUAGAUUGUGUUUGACAUCUCAUAUCACAUUACAGUGCAUUGUCAGCUUGGUGACAGUUUGAUUAAAAUAAACACAUUUAAUCACA